AAAUAAUAAAUUGCGCGAUUAAAAAACUUAUCUUGUGCGCUACAGAAUUAUCGCUUAAUUAUGGUAAUUAUUUCUGUUAAAGUGCAAAUCAAAUAUGUUCUGUGUAUCGUGCUGUAUUUUAUUUUCUGUUUAAUAUUGAUCAAGAUGUUAAAACAUUUUGACUCAAAAGACGUUAUAAGCGUGACAAUGCGCCACACGCAACCACAAAAAUCUCGUUUUGUAAAAUCCGCAAACAUAAUUAAGAAAAAUAUCGAGUUCGAAGUCAACAUGUUGCGAAGAGACGAAUUGAAAGGCGAAGCUAUUGAUUUGCAGAAGAGCGCGACACUUCUCCAACAGAUGUCGGACACCUGUACGAAGUACAACUUGAAGACUCCUCUUGUGAAGAAACAUUUUUUAUACAACAAUAAACAUAAAUCUUUAUAUUGUUGGAUCCGCAAAGUCGCGUCCACCAGUUUCACCAAAUUAUUCUCCGACAUGAACAAUCGUCAAAUCACCCAUAACUUUUACAAGGAAGUGGACUUUCUCUCGCCGGAAAAUAUAAAAGAGUUGCAGAAUUUGAUUCACAACAAUGACGUCUUUAAACUGCUCGUCGUCAGACAUCCGUUUCAACGACUAGUCUCAUCGUAUAGAGACCGUAUCGAAGACAACACCAGACACACCGCGCAGAGCUGGCUUUAUGCCCGUCAGAUCUUUUAUCUUUCGAGACCAGAACUCUUUCGUUCCAACGUGUCGACUGGUAACAGUUUGCAACGAAUAUUCUCGCCGGAUAGAAGGCUGAAAAUAGUGCCUACUUUUCGAGAAUUUCUAGAGUGGCUGCUGAAGCAACCGCCGCGUCACGACGACGUUCAUUGGGCGCAAUAUCACACUCACUGUGCAGUUUGUAACGUAAGUUACAAUUUUAUUCUAAAAUUGGACGAUUACACUCUCGGGGAGAUCAAUUACGUUCUGUUGAAACUGAAGUUGGACAGAGAUAAGGUUUAUCUGCCCAGACUGCAACGUACUCGCGCUGAAGCCUCUAACUUCGAUGUAACGUGCAGAUACUUCAGCAACUUGACCACCGAUAUGGUCUCGCAGCUAUACGAAAGGUACAAAAUGGAUUUCAAGAUGUACAACUACAAACCGGACAAAUAUUUACAUUGCGCUAAGAGAAAAAAUUAAUAGCACACAAUUUUACCGCACAA